AUGGUCGCCGGAUCUACCCUUCUCCAAUUGGCGUUUCUGCCUGCUCUAGCUCUCAGCUCCUCUGUCACUACCAGAGCAAAGAAUAGCGACUUUGACUAUGACUCUCUAAGCUUGAGAGAGGUCGGAGCCCGCAACACCUUGGAUUGGCGUAUUUGGCUGGAGAAGGACGGCAAGCCCAUCUCCUUCUGGCACGACGUUCCUCUGUACCCCAGUAAGAAGAAUAACCGCAUCAUCAACUUCGUUGUGGAGAUCCCCCGCUGGACCGACGGCAAGAUUGAGACCAGACGUGAUGAGCCCCUCAACCCCAUGUUCCACGACGAUAAGAAGAAUGCACCUCGAUUUGUGGAGAGUGUUUGGCCUCACAAGUCGUACCCCUUCCACUACGGCUCCAUCCCCCAGACUUGGGAGAGCCCCAACUUUGAUCACGAUUACACCAACUUUCCUGGUGACAACGACCCCGUCGAUCUCUUUGAUAUCAGUGAGACCUCUGCCUACACCGGUGAGGUUAAGGCCGUCAAGAUUCUGGGCGGUCUUGCCUUGAACGAUGGUGGUGAGACUGACUGGAAGGUCAUUGGCAUUGACGUGAAAGAUCCAUUGGCCGCUCUCGUCGAUGACGUCAAGGACCUGGAGAAGUAUCGACCUGACCUAGCCGAGACCUUCUACAACUGGUUUACAUACUACAAGGUUGCCCGAGGUGACGACGUCAUCGAGAUCGUUGGCAGCAAGUACCAGACCGCCAAGUACAUGGCCAAGACCAUCAAGCAGAGCCACGGGUUCUGGGAGGACCUCGUCCGCGACCGAGUCGACUCCAACGAAAUCAACUUCAACCAGACCAGCCGCAAGAGCUGGAAGAAGAGCUACGUGGAGAGCAAGGAUGCCACCAAGAAGUUCAAGAUCCCCAAGAAGUCCAAUAUUCUCCCCGCCGCCGCGCGUCCUGCCAAAUACGACAGUUGGUACUACCUCGAUGAGGACUACAAGUUGAUUGAGCUCAAGUAGAGGGUAAUGUGACCAGUUGGAUCUUGGAUUGAACAUGCCAUAUCACUUCAGCCAUGCCUAUGGAAAUUAAUAGCAUUCUCAUGACAGCACCCGAUCCUGCCA